GCGGCAGUUAGUGUGUUCCCGUACGGUAAGAGUGUUACAGAGAGAUAAUGGUAUUCUGGGCGAAAAAACUGUAACUUGACCAUUUUUCGGGCACAUCCUGUAUUUUGACAGCUUCGUCAAUUUGAACGAUGUUCGUUCCUUUCUUGAAUACGGCUUUACAGUCUAGAAUACGGUUUUUUUAUUAAUAUUGUAUUUUCUCAAAGGACCAUAUUCCAGACAAAAUACCGUAUUGGCCUGUCAACACCAUAUUGGCCGGCCAUGUCUUCGCUCAACAGCAAAAUGGCCCAGUCAACAGUAUGUUGGCUGUGCGCAUACAAUGUUGGUUCAUGUUCGCCAGGCUCGCGCCUACGCUGCCCACGCCCUGCCCGCGCCAAGCCCACGCUCCUGCCCUGGCCUAUAUAGCUUCACUUUUUUCCCCGUCGGUCGCGCGCGCCCGUAAUUGCGAAUGUUAUUGUGGUUUGUCCGUGAAUUGUAAUGCUUCGUGGAUUGUAUAUAAUGCCUUGAGGUCGUGAGCUCAAUUCGCAUUUGUGUCAAGUCUUUUAUGUGAAUUCUUUUCGAAAAAGGAAGGCACUCCAAGUCCUACGCCACGGACUGGUUGUAAUUCCAGUACGGGGCUAAGAAAGGGAGCGCCUUCCUUUUCAAUGACCUUUUUGGUAGUCAGAACUAUAUUCGGUUGAACAUAUUCGGUUGAGUUCACGUUGAACGAC